AUCCCAGUUGAAAAUCUCCGACACAUGAACAAAAUCAGUAUCACUAUAGUUGGUGAACUUGAUAUAUUGAGAAAGAACGCAUCAUGUUUUACUCUCGUAUAUAGCGCUUUCACAAUUUUUGCCAUCCUGUCUUGACUGUGACCCAUAAGGAAAAUGGUGCUCUUCUAUCUUCUAAAAAAUCUAGCCUCCAGUCGGCUUUCCUGUUCUUGAAGACUUUAUGACCGGUAGGCUCGAUCGUUUCAAAUGACAUGUAUAGUUCGCAUAAAAAAAUAAAGACUCCUCUCUAAGAAUCAUUCUUUGUUUUAACUUCAAAUAAGUUUUGGGUCGAACUGCAUUAACUUCAAUUGUUCCUAUAGGGUCAGGCAUGUGAUGAACUCAUUAAACUCAAAGGAAAUGACGAGACCCUCCACAAAUGGUAGAUCAUGUGGCUUAAUUUGUUACAACCCAAAUUUCAUAGAUUCACUUGUAUUCACACAUAUAUAAACUAUUUUUUCCACGCAAUCUCAUAUAUCAAUCAAUCUUUUCACACAAACUUGUAAAUUGAAAUAAACCAAUCAGGUUUGGCAUUAACUUCUUAUUAUUAAUAUUUCAUAGUUUCUCAAAUAACAAAAACCGUUGAUAUUUUACGAAGAUAAGAUGGCGAGACAAUAGACUUUUUCAAAUAUCAUAACUAAUAAACAUAAAAAAAUGAGAUGAGUUGGGGAGUUUGACAAAGAUGAAAAGAAAUUGAAUAUAUUUUGUAAGAAGGAUGCAUAUGUAAAAUAAAUAAAUAAAUAAAAUCAGAGCUAUAGGGAUAAUCGUAGUCAUUCAACCACUUCUACUUUAACAUCAGUGAUAGAUUCUAAUCCGAAUUGCACCUGGAGAACGCGUAGAUUCUAAUCCGAUCAGGACUAGGAGAACGACAAAGAAAGGCGGAAGGAAGCCUAAAUGGAAAAGGAUUCACUUCUUCCCCACGGCUUAAUAUUUAUUCGCCAAGUCUUCCCGGAUAUCAUUUGUUCCGAUCAAAUCGACUUUACGAAAACUCCAAUUAUUGGAAUGAACUGGUUCUUGAAACUCGUACGGUGCGGCUACCUCUCAGCAUCGGAUCGCAGGCAGCAACUCCGAGAUCCGCCCCAGCAGUUUCCCAAACUGGAAGACGAUCUCAUUGUGGAAAUUCUGGUCCGCAGCUUCCCGGACCCAAAAUCCGCCUGCCGAUGCAAGCUCGUCUGCAAGCGCUGGAGCUCACUCAUCUCCGGUGAUCGCUUCACUCACCGCUUCGCUUCUCACCACCAGUAUCUCCUCGCCCGUCGAAUUAUUCCCUCCAGCAGUAGUGCUAACAAUAUCCCCAGCAACAACUACAUUAGAAUCGCCGGUGACAAAAGGAGAUCGGAGCCUUGGGCUGAAUUGAUAUCCUGGGAGCCUCGUGCCUUCGUCUACCACAAUUUUCUGAGCAAGACAGAGUGCGAGCACUUGAUCAGUCGGGGCAAGCCUCAAUUGGCGAGGUCCAAGGUUUUCUGCCACGAAACUCGGAUGAACAUAGAGAGCAGCAAACGUACAAGCUCACAAGGAUUUGUAGGUUCGAGCAAUGUCGUUAGUGACAUUGAGAAACGGAUUGCUGAUUUCACAUUCAUACCCGUAGAGAAUGGUGAGCGUCUUCAUGUCCUUCACUAUGAAGUCGGGCAGAAACUCGAGCCCCACUUUGACUACUCCCCGUGCGAUUACUACAACAAGACUGGGGGAGCACGCGCAGCUUCUGUUCUUAUGUACCUGUCGGAUGUUGAAGAAGGUGGUGAGACAGUUUUCCCUUCUGCAAAACCAAUUAAUUGCAGUAGAAAGAGGAAGAAGAGAUUAGAGCUUUCGGUGAAGCCUAAGAUGGGCGAUGCAUUGGUUUUCUGGAGCAUAAAACCUGAUGGUAGUAGGGAUCCUUCGAGUAAGCAUUGUGGUUCUGCUGUGAUUAAAGGGGACAAGUGGUUAGCUAUUAAGUUUCUGCGAGUGAAUGAGUAUAAAGUCUGGAAUGCGUAGCCUUGGUGCUGCCAUUGAUGAGAAAUGUACGUAAAACAUUGAUGCAUGUUCUAAAUUUCUAAUAUCGGAGUUAACAUUUUAGUGUUAUUUGAUUGCAAGACAAUGAUAUAUUUUUUAAUGAUGCAAAACUCCACGGUUGUAUUGGCUUCCAUAUCUAUGAAUUAUUGAAAAUAUGAAGAGUGACAAGUUUCUAACCUCACAAUGUGAAUCAGAAUUUUUAGUAUCGGACUAAACCUAUAUUUUAGGCAAUUCUACCGUCUAUUUGAAAAAUCAUAUCAGUUUAAAAUUUCUCAUGUAAUAUGAACAAAACCAUCAUCAUCGUUAUACUUGGUGAACUUAAUAUAUUGAGGAAGAAUACAUCACGCUUUACUUUCGUAUAUAUUGCUUUCACUAGUCAUGUCUCUACCUUGACCGGUCUUUUGAAAAACCUAGUCUCCCCAUCUUCAAAUGACAUAUGUAGUUCCCAUAAAAAAAAAAAGUUCCUCCCAGAGAACAGUUAUUUGCUUCAACUUCAAAUAAAUUUGUGGCGAACUUCCUCUGUGUUUGGAUGCUUAAGCUUCAUCAAAGCGUUCACCAGUCAAUUGAUCAAGCAUCUUCCUCUGCUACUGAUCUCAGUCAGCCCCAAUGAAUCCACGUGAUGCAAUGCCCUAAUUUUUUGUUAGUGAAAGUAUCAAAUUAUGAGUAUGAUUAGGGCUGGUAAAAAGUUAUCUUGUUAACGGUGUAACCGAUAACCGAACCGGAAGCAGUUGUUAACGGUUACAGCGAUAACCGAUUAAACAGUAAACGGUCAGUUCCCGGUAGCUAAAUUUAGCUAAUUAAUAACCGACAGUUAAAUGGUUAGUAACCGACGGUUAAACGAUUUAUCAACUAAACGAUUAAGGUCAUCUUCAUAGUUAUGACUGCAAAUAAUAAUCUUAAUUAGCCGCAAGCAUAUGCCAAAAAUAAUGGGAUAUUUGAAGGCCUACAAGAUCCCUUGUCUAUCCUAUUUGUAAUAGUGGCUCAAAUGAGAAUAUUUUCAGAGAAGAGUUUUAGAACGAGCACAGUAGAAAGUUGGACUUGCUUAUAGUAGCUUGACAACAAUCAUUAACAUCUAAACUUCCAUGCAAUGUGGUUGGUUUAUGUCUUUAUGAGUUGAGUAAUUGUUGUUGGGUCUCUUAUUCUUAUGUACCUGUAAGUGAGAUCAUCGCGCGCGAUCGCGGCCUUGAGUUUAUUUCGUUUGUAUAGCUCGUAAUGCUUUUCGCGAUCCUCUCUGUUAGUAAGUUGUGUGUGAUUCAUAAUUCAAUCUCUCGCAAUAAUUCGAGUUAUCACGGGAUCCAAUCUCCUCUUGACGCACUUUGCAUUUUACAGGUCGGAUGUUGAAGAAGGUGGUGAGACAGUUUUCCCUGGUGCAAAACCAAUUAGUUACCGUAGAAAGUGGAAGAGAUUAGGGCUUUCAGUGAAGCCUAAGAUGGGCGAUGCAUUAGUUUUCUGGAGCAUGAAACCUGAUGGCAGUAUGGAUCCUUCGAGUAUGCAUAGUAAGUAUAGUAUUGUGGUCCCUAAAGAGUAUGAGUAUUACGAGUAGUAUAUUAUAUGUUACCACGAGUAUUGUUAUGUAAUUUGAUAGAGUUAUAUUUCUUAUCAGAAUCGUGUUUUUUCUUUCAGGCGGUUCUACCGUGAUUAAAGGGGACAAGUGGUUAGCUAUUAAGUUUCUGCGAGUGAAUGAGUAUAAAGUCUUGAAUGCUUAGCCUUGGUGCUGCCAUUGAUGAGAUUUGUACGUAAACAUUGAUGCAUGUUUUAAUAUCGGAGUUAAGAUUUUUACUGUUAUUUGAUUGCAAGACAAUGAUAGAUUUUAAUGAUGCUAACUCUGCAGUUAUAUAUGGACUUUCAUAUUUAUGGAUUAUUGAAAUACGAAAGAUAAAAGUUCCUUACCUCACAAUGUGAAAUAUUGGUAGGCUCGGAGCAGGAUCAUAUGCAUAACCUUGUCAGCAAUAAUUAUGUAAUAAUUAAUUUAUUUCAUG